GUAUUUUUUUUGUUCACUAUUUCUGUGAUGUUCACGUAAUAAAAGAUUAGAACUUUAUGUUGCUGAUUGUCUACAUAAUUUUUCUUGAUUUUAAUGUGCAUGUGAAAGGCAGUCGUCAAAAAAUAAUUAAAUUGUCUGUUACCUGUCAGUGUUGUAAUGUGUAGUUUUGAUGAAGUAUGUUGGAAUUGUUUAAGAAACUGUUCUUGGUGAUCAGUAUUUUUGUAUAUAUGGUAUCUAAUCUAAUGGCAGGAAGAUUGACGGUUCACAAGCUACAGCUUUAAGGACAGCAGAAUUACUUAGAUCAGUAAUAUCCCAUUUGAAGGCACCACAAGCCAACCAGGCUUCUGCUCUUAUUGACGCCGUCAAAAAUGUUGGAGUGCAGCUCAUUGCUGCUAAUCCUGCUGCUUAUUAUCUUUUUGUAGUGUAUUGUUGCUGAAAGUAUCAAAUGGAUGAGAUUACAGAGCUUGCAACUGGGAACAUUGUAAGGAGGGUUCUGCAUAUAAUUAGGGAGGAGGAACUUUCACUUGUCACAAAUGAUGAAGAAGUUAUGAAGAAGGAAGAUUCCCAUAUUCAGUCCACUGCUGGUAGAAGCUUGUUGCGCCAACCUUCUCUGCAUACCCUUCUAGACUGCAAGCCUGACUCAACCAUAACAGAUGACUUAUAUCCUAUAGGAGAAGGUUUUGAAGUAAAAGGCAAAUCAUCAGAAAGAAGUUCAAAGAUCUGGAAAUUGAAGAAUGAUGUGAUAGAGGGAAUUAAUGAACUCAUUCAAGAAUUAAACAAUUGCCAUGAACAUAUUGCAGAACAGGCAGUGGAGCUUAUUCACCAAAAUGAGGUGAUAUUAACUUUAGGUCGUUCAAGAACUGUGAUGGAGUUCCUGUUCGCUGCAAAGGAGAAAAGAAGAUCAUUUCGGGUUUUUGUUGUAGAGGGGGCUCCAAAGUAUCAUGGUCAUGUCCUUGCAAGAGAGUUGGCUGAAAGAGGUUUACAAACUACCUUGAUUCCUGAUUCUGCAGUUUUUGCAAUGAUUUCCCGAGUGAAUAUGGUCAUAGUAGGAGUCCAUGCUGUGAUGGCUAAUGGCGGUGUUUUAGGCCAAGUUGGCUUGAAUAUGGUUGCACUGGCUGCUCGGAAGCAUGCUGUACCAUUUGUUGUGGUUGCUGGUACUCACAAGUUGUGUCCAUUGUAUCCUCAAGAUCCAAGGGUCAUCUUGAAUGAAAUGAAAUGCCCAUCGGAUCUCUUGGAUUUUGGAGGAUUGUCAGAUUGCUUGGACUUUGGAAAUGGCAGUGGUGUUCCUUUGAUUCAUAUUGUCAAUCCUGCAUUUGAUUAUGUUCCCCCAGAGCUAGUCAGUCUCUUCAUCACAGACAUAGGAGGACAUAACCCUUCUUUUAUGUUCCGGCUUCUUGCUGAUUAUUACUCUGCUAAUGAUUUGAUUCUGUAAGAGCCAUCUGCUGCUUAAAAGGCACAGCUUAGUUGCAGAUCAUUGGAUAUUAUACAAAUGCAAGAAGGGGAGAAAAGAAACCUGAGAUAAGGAUUUUAGUUUAUUAUGAUUUCUGCUACUGGUGGGGCUCUUGAUGAGAGAUAAUAACACUCAUUCGUUUUUCUUUUUCUUUUUUUUUUUCUCUAUUUUAUUUUUAUUUUUAUGCCUUCUGUUAUACAUUGUGUCUCCACCAACGUAAAGCAGUUGCAAGCAAAAGCAAAGUUCUGACAGGAAAAUCUUCAUGACAAUUCUUGAUAAAAUACCUAUUUGUUUGCAAUUACCAUCCCAAAAGAUGAGUUUUAUUA